AUGAAGAUGGAAAAGGAUAAUCACAUCGACCAAGUAGAUAACUUGCAACUUGACCAUUGGAGAAUUUCACAACUGACGAUAAUUGGAGGCAUACCGACAGGAGGUGUGUCAGAGAAGGUUUAUUUUCUAGGCCAAGUCACGCCUGCGAGCGUGGACCAAUACCGGACCGGAGUGGUGCCCUCAGCCCUCUCCCAGACGCCAGCCCUCCCUGUCCGACGCACCCACCAUCUGUGUCCUGCCCCAGGGAGAGCCCGGGAGGCUCAGUCUGAGCGCCCCCUCCCCUCCAAUCGGCCGAACUCCAACCUUGACCUUCAUGGGCACAUCAACACUCAGGGAGUGAGCACCUCCAUGAGGAAAGAGCCCCGGCCUAGCCUCCCGGGAGGACCGAAGCACAGAUGCCCCAGGCAUUUCGACACCCCGCUAGAUCCGGAUCCGGAGGUCUCCGGUGCCCCCACCCCACUCGAGCCACUGGUCACUCACCGCGCGUCGCGGGUGUGCGGGCGGCGGCUCAGGCCGGCGCGCUCCCGGCGCUCCCCGCGCACGUGUCGCGCUAGCCCCCGGCGCUGCGAGCUUCCCGCCGCCAGCGCGCGCCCUCGGGCCGCCGAGUCCGCGGCGCGCGGCUGGGUAGACCCCGAGGGUGGGCGCGGCGGCGCCAGGGCUCGCGGAUGUGGUGGCGAGCGAGGAAAGCGGUCGCAAGUUUCAGCGGCCGGACGCUGGGCCCCGCCGGCGCCUGCGGUUUCCACGCCGCCCUCCCAGCGGGCCGGGGCCGCGGCCCGGUCCUGCCACCGGUGGGCUCCCAGCGCCGCCUUGAGCAAGAACUACCUGGCAGGAGGCCAAGGAAGACAAUGAGAACUUGCUGGACCAAGACUAAGAAGAAAAAGAAAGCCUAGAUAUGGCUUUGCAUAGGCUGCCUCUCUUCAAUCAAAUGCAAUCUCCAAAGUAGCACAUUGAGGGAAUGUGCAAUGAAUACUAAAAAAGGAAGAAUGGACCUGCAAAUACAUCACAGCUGGCAGCUUCUUAAAAUCCUAAUCUCUUCAUUUGAUGAAAUACAAGUGAUUUUCAAUUUCAGCAAACAAGACAAAAUAAAUCUUCUACAUUGAAUACCAAAGUAAAAUGAGGGCCGAACUUCAUUUAAAUCAGGACAAGAAGAGAUCUAAGGAAUCAGCCAUUGGUUUGAGAGUUGAUGAAGAUGCGUCAUCAUUUUUGCUGAGAUGGUUUUCCCCAGUGAGAAAAUUUGAAAUCUGGGGUUUAUACCCAGUGCUGAGACCAGGAAUAUACACAGCUGUAGUGCUGAGAUCACAAGUAGUCAGAGAGGCAGGCAGAGAGAGAGAGGGGGAAGCAGGCUUCCUGCUGAGCAGAGAACCGAACCCGAGGUGGGGCUCGAUCCCAGGACCCUGAGAUCAUGACCUGAGCCAAAGGCAGAGGCUUAACCACUGAGCCACCCAGG